AUGCCCUGCGCCCCAACAUUCCAUUCUCCGUUGAUCCAUGCGAUUCAAUCUGGCCUGUAUUCUGGCUUGUCCCGCAAGCACGGCAAUUACACGACUUCAUCAGCCUCUGCGCUCUCCACAAAGCAAGCACGCACAAGCCAUGAAGCCCAUCUUCAUCCCAGUCAUCACCCCGUUCGGGACUACGGCCUGGGUAUGUCUCAAUACACUCACCUUUUUGUUUGUUAUCUGGUGAUGGAGCAGAGAGAGGUAAUAUAUGGAAGUUGGUGA